AUGCGUUUUCUCCCUCGAACCAUCAUCUUUACUUGCAUAGGUUUUAUUUCCCUGUUAUGGUGGCACCAUCAUCUCUCUACCCCUCAGCAGCAAGACCAUUUGACCAUCGAAGAGGAGAUUGAUGUACCCCUCACAUUUGAUUCUCUUCUACAUAUUCAGCAGGUCAGAAAAAAGACAUUGCGGUCUUUUUGCAAGAAAAAGAGCAAACUCACUAAACUUCCAGCUACCCAAAAGGAAGCUUCCCAACUACUCUCUUCUAUUGCAGUGAAUCACAAACUGAAUUUCCUGUAUUGCAAAAUACCAGGCACCGGGGUGGAAGAGUGGGAGCAGCUAUUGGAAGUAAUAUUGGAGAACACAAAUGUCACAUUGCAAGUGCCUGUCCCCUAUCACCAGGACUUUGGUGAUAAAAUGGCCUUGAGUAAACAUAACUUGACAUCAAUGGAAGCUCUGCUUAAAGCCUACACAAAAGUGGUUUUCAUUAGGGAUCCUUUCCACAGACUCGUUUCUGCUUACAUGCAUUGGAUAGCAGACAAUCUAACCUUCAAAGAGUUCAUUGACUACAUCAUGUACAGUGGAUUGAAGAAUGCCAGUGUUGAAUGGACACCCUUAGUUAAGCUGUGUCAUCCAUGUCUUGUUCAAUAUGACUAUAUAAUAAUGUUUGGGUUUCUUGGCAAUGAAGUGCACCAUUUGAUGCUCCGGAAUGGAUUUCCUGAUAACAUCCAGAUGCCCGAGUUCACGGACUCCAAGAUCCAGCAGACAUAUAACUGGCUAGAAGAAGAGAUGUUCGGUGAAUUAUCCCUUGUGCAGAAGAAAAGGCUUUGCCAUUUUUUUCGAUUUGACUUUGCUGCAUUUGCCUUUCCCAGAAGUUUGCUCUGGGACCUCAUAUGCGUUUCUGGAAACAGCUAGGAUUAUCAAAGACAUCAAAGAAGAAUGCCCAGAACUGAACUGAUGAAGUGAAAUCUCAGAUUCUUAUAGAAUGGGGACCUACAUUGGUAACCUUGACAUCUCGUAGAAGCAAAUUCCAUAAUGUAAUUACCUGCUUUGAAAAGAAACACUUCCUUUUAUUGGUCCCAAAUAUUCUGGAAUUGUAGUCCAUUUUUAUUGUAUGCUCCUUAAUAAUAUGCAAACAAUCAAAAGCAUUGUCUGGAUACAG